AUGCAGCCAUGGUCCAGCAGAGGCAACCAUGGCCUGUCAUGUGCCAUCCGAGUAUCUCUGCGCCCUUUCUCGCGACCAUUCACGACUUCUUCACCAUUUCAGCGUUCGAAACGUGCGCAAAAGCCAGAGCGGUUGGAACCACGAAAAGCUAAGAAGAAUACGGUAGGUACAAUUAAGCUUAUGUACCCCGGCAAAUUACGGAGGAAAGCGAUGAUGGCUGAAGAUUUCCCCUCCAUUGUCACAGGCCUGCUUCGAGAAAUGAAAGCAGAGGAGUCAGUUUCAUCAGAUCAAGCCCCAGACACAUGGAAGCGGUUCGAGCGCUCCAUCUUGAAUGCUUGCAAAGCUAGCGACAGGGGAACGGGUGCCAAACAAGGCUCCUUAAUCCAGGUGAAGAACACAAUGCAAAAGACGUACCUCAAAUCUGGUGCCCGGGCAUUAAAACGUGAAUUGGAGUACAUGCUGUACGCGCAGGAGCUCGACACCAAAUUCUCAGAGCCAAACCUACAACAGCAGCAAAAAAUUGCGGACAUGCGAUACCCAGCGGAAUGGUACCCACAGGCGCGCGCUAUCCAAAGAACUAUCCAUUUACAUGUUGGGCCCACGAAUUCCGGAAAGACGUACGCUGCGUUGAAACGCUUGGAGGCUUCAAAAAGCGGCUUUUAUGCAGGGCCUCUGAGACUCCUUGCCCAAGAGGUUUAUCAUCGCUUUCACACAAGUGGAAUUCCGUGUAGUCUUGUCACGGGAGAUGAAGUCAAAAUCCACGAGGGUCAAAAGUCGGUAGUCGUGAGCAAUACCGUGGAGAUGGUUAACUUAGGGCAACAAUACGAAGUUGGUGUGAUCGAUGAGAUUCAGAUGAUAGCUGACCCGAAACGCGGUUGGGCUUGGACUCGUGCUCUGUUAGGAGCACGCGCUACAGAGCUACACCUGUGUGGAGAGGUAAGAGCGGUCCCUCUGAUUCGGGAGCUUGCGGCCCUCACUGGGGACAAGCUGGAGAUACAUCGCUACGAGCGAUUGAAUCCCCUGAAAGCUAUGGAUCGGAGUCUGAAUGGAGAUUUGAGAAAACUUGAGAAGGGGGACUGUGUGGUCUCUUUCUCCCGAGUUGGGAUCCACGCCUUGAAAGCCGAUAUUGAAAGAGUAACGGGACGACGGGCUGCUAUUAUUUACGGUGGAUUGCCGGCUGAAAUUCGUACCCAGCAAGCAAGCCUUUUCAACGAUCCAAAUAAUGAUUAUGACAUUUUGGUAGCAAGCGACGCCAUAGGCAUGGGCUUGAAUUUGAGCUGCAAGCGUAUCAUAUUCGAGACCGUUGUGAAGAAUAUUCCAACGGGUCUUUCCAGGCUCAGUGCCUCCGAGAUCAAACAAAUCGGUGGACGGGCUGGCCGAUAUCGGACAGCGGCACAACACAAUGAUGAUAAAAAGCGCCAGCAGGAUACAUCCAAUGUUGGUUAUGUUACCUCGCUAGAAGAAGUUGACUUGCCAUAUAUCCGCAAUGCCUUGGGUGCUGACCCACCACCGCUCAAAGCUGCGGGUAUCCAUCCUCCCGACUCCGCGCACGAGAAAAUGGCGGCCUACUUCCCACAGAGUGUCUCACUAGAAUAUGUUGUCAAGCGACUGGCGGAGAUUUCCCAGACAAACCCCCUAUUUUUUAUGUGCGAUAUCGAUCAACAUCUGGAGAAUGCUGAGGUCAUUGAUGCCGUGCCCGGCCUGCAAUUUCCAGAUCAGUUAACAUUCAUGGCUGCGCCUAUACAUGCACGAGAACAAUCCGGGCGUGAUGUGGGGAUGGCAUUCGUGCGCUGCGUUGCAGAGCACACAAACGGCCGACUUUUGGACAUUGACGAUGUCCGGCUUGAGAUCCUUGAAGAACCGGUAUCUGGAGAAAAGAAUUACAUGCACGAGUUGGAAUCCCUACAUAGAUCUGUGAUUCUCUACACCUGGCUCAGUUAUCGUUUUGGAGGUGUCUUCACAGAUCGGACACUGGCAGUCCAUGUGAAGCAACUCGUGGAGGAGAGGAUGGUAAGGGCAUUAACCGAAUUCUCGGCGAACAAGAAGCUUCGGAAGGAUGCCUCUUUGCGCCGCCAGAUUGCCUUGCAGAAGCAGGUCCUUGAACAAAAGCAGUUCAUGGAUGCAGGCCAGCAAGUCAAUCCACCGGAUGGACUCUAUAACCCGGAUGUGCUGGAUGCGUCUGGUGCCGAGGAAUCUGCCGCCGAAAUCGAUCCAGCGGACGGCGAUAAUUAUGAGGAAGAAUCUGAACGGAACUCAACUGCACCCGAGGGCGAGGAGGGUGCCGCCGUUGGUACCACAACUCGCAACCAUGACUACGAAGAGCCAGCACCAAGGACCGCCACCAACUAG